AUGGAGUCUGAGAAGGUCGUCCCCACGUUCCAACGCGAGCAUGCCAGUCUCGACUUGACCAAUGACAUGAACUUUGAGCUCAUCCGCCAUGCACAAGAAAGUGAUGCUGCCGACAGGAAAUUGACCAUCCGUCAGGCGUUGAAAAAGUACAAAAAGGCCGUCUUUUGGGCAAUGUUUCUGUCGACGAGUUUGGUCAUGGAAGGAUACGAUUUGGUCAUUAUAACUUCAUUCUAUGGCCAAACGCAAUUCCAGAAUCGAUUCGGAGUCGAGGAUCCAAAGACGGGGAAGAAGAUUAUUCCAGCAAGGUGGCAGUCGGGUCUCUCGAACUCGGCCCUGGUAGGACAACUGGCAGGUCUCUUGGUCAAUGCAUACACACAAGAUCGAUUUGGGUGUAGACCGACCAUGAUGGCUUUUAUGGUUUGGAUGGCUGUCGUACUGUUCAUCCCGGUCUUUGCUCCAUCCCUGUCUGUUCUGGCAUUCGGUGAGGCCAUGUGCGGAAUCCCUUGGGGAGUGUUUCAGACCUUGUCGACUACGUACGCCUCCGAAGUUGUUCCAACAGUACUUCGACCUUACUUCACCGCAUACGUCUGCAUGUGCUGGGGCGGUGGUAUCCUCUUGUCUUCUGGCGUCGUCCGCGCAGUUGCCGGUAUCCAAGGCGACUUGGGUUGGAGACUACCGUUCGCGUUGCAGUUCGUGUGGCCACUGCCUUUGUUCAUCGGAACAUACUUUGCACCCGAGUCACCGUGGAACGCGGUGCGACGAGGAAAGAUGGAUCUGGCCCGAAGGUCCUUGAUGCGACUCAGACAAGACGAACCUGACAAGGAAACAAGCGUCGACGCCGCCCUUGCAUACAUCAAAUACACCACCGAGUUGGAAAGGGCCGAGACCGAGAGUGCCAGUUUCAUCGAGUGCUUCAAGGGGACGAAUCUGCGCCGGACAGAAAUUAACUGCGUCGUCUGGGCUGCCCAGAUCCUUUGCGGCAACGCCAUUCUAGGUUACUCUGUGGUCUUUCUCGAAGCAGCAGGGUUCUCCGAGCUUCAAGCCUUUGACGUCAACAUUUCCCUUUCGGCCUGCUACAUCAUCGGCGGCAUCAUUUGUUGGUUGAUGUUCCCCCAUUUCGGGCGAGCCACCAUCUACAUGGGCGGCAUGGUGUUCAUGUUCUUUUGUCUCAUCGCCAUCGGUGGUCUGGGAUGGUCGAAGUCCAAGGACGCACAACUCGCCAUUGGCAUCUUGCUUGUCAUUUCCACACUCUGCAACAUGAUCACCACUGGUCCAGCUUGUUACCCCAUCGUGUCGGAAACUCCGUCCGGAAGGUUAAGGUACAAGACCAUUGUCAUUGGACGAUUCGUGUACAACCUCACUGGUAUCUUUAACAAUUCGGUGACCCCGAGAAUGAUUUCUGCUACAUCAUGGAAUUGGGGUGCAAAGACUGGUCUCUUUUACGCCGGUACCAAUCUAUUAUGCAACAUCUGGUGUUGGUUCCGUUUGCCGGAAACGAAAGAUCGUACAUUUGGUGAGAUUGAUCUCAUGUUUGAGAAUCGAGUUCCGGCCAGAAAGUUUAAGCAUACAAAAGUUGAUCAAUUUGCCGUUGCCAUGCGAGAAGCACAAAAGGUCGAAGCAGCAGAGGAAAAGGCUGCGGUUGAGCAUCAAAAUGUGGUCGAAGUCCCGUCUCACGUCCACUGAGACUUUCCCACGACAGAGAGACAAGAGAUGACCGUUCUCCGAGGGGAUAUGCAGUAGGGAGUACUUAUAGUAGUUAAC